AUGAGCGGCAGAUUAGACUCCUCCUCUUCUUUAACUUCGUCGUCGUCAAAAGUGAAUAACUAUUGGACGUUCACUGUGCUCCUCGUGUUCGUGUUGUUUCUCGUCGACGGGUUCAACACCAAGACAGAUUUUAACGUUGGAAGAUAUCAACAAAAGAAGGAGACAGAAGUCGUAAACAACGAGUUUGGCGGUAUUGGUGCUGUGAGUGCUCCUGAUGAUGAAAAUUUAAGUGAAAAAGAAGUAAUAGGAAUAACAAGUUUCGAUAUCGCGAAAAUAGAACAAUCCGACUUGAUGCCAAACCCGGAGAAGUUAAAGUUUAUCGUCGUCGAAAACUUAAUCGAACGAGAGAAAUUACGAGAAAUCUUGAACGAUUUCCCUCCCGCGCUCGACUCGACGACGUUGGCGAAUAAGAAAAACGUGGAGAAGAAAGACGUUUUAAAGACUGGACAGGUGAAAGGGACGUACGCGGAGCUGUUGAAAGAUGUCGAGAGCGAUGCUUUCAGAGACGCGGUUGGUGCAAAACUAGGGAUUAACUUGAAAGGAUGGCACAACCGCGUGACGUUAAGAGGAGCAUGCGAACCGAAUCCCUGCGGCGGCAUGGACAGCAUUCACGUCGAUCACAAAGCAAAAGCAGUUUCGGUUCUGAUUUACUUGAACGAGGAGACGCUGGACGAGACCGACUACCACGGCGGCGAUUUACUCUUUUUGAGAAAUAAAAAGAGUCUGGACGACGCCAAUAUUGUCGCUCGCGUUCCUUCUUUCGGCGGCACCAUGGUUGCGUUUCGAAACUAUAGAAACGUGAAAGGGCAGAAAGAAGCCAUCCACGGUUUGCGGCCGUUCACUGGGAAACGAAGAGCGGUGCAAGUGAAUUGGUGCAAGAGUAAAACCUGUCAGUAG